AUGUUGUUCUAUUUGCAAAGUACAGACCCAAACGAAUACGGGACAGUAAAGCUUCAAACAAACUUAGGUCUACAGAAUGAAGCACUUGCUUUCAGAGUUGUUGACUUCAAUACUAUCGCUUCAUUCGUUAUAACAGAUGAAACAGAUUUCAUGGAGCUUGAAAUAGAUGGAAAGAAGCACGAAAUAAGAUUUCACAAUAAUGUAGAAUAUAAGAUGGAAACAUUAGCUGGAGUGUUAAAUGCUCUCAUAAAUACUACAAUAAACAAGGAUAACGAAGAAAACUUAAUGAAUGUUAAACUUAUUGCAGGAGUUUUGAAGUUCAGUUAUGCGAAGGAGUUUAAGAUAACACGAAUGAGUCAUAGAGUUCAAUUGCUUCUGGGAGCAUACCAUAUGACAUUUCCUUUGAAAAGUAUUGACAAAACGAUUGAGAUGAAAUCUGUUCCAUACGUAUGUUAUGGUAAUUGUUUGUACAUUGAGUCAAAAAUAGCUAAUGUCACAGGUAUUUCAGGAGUUAAUAGUAAAGGUUCAGUAGAAUAUAAAUCCUUCUGUUAUGCAGUCAAUUCAAUGUUCAUUCCAAACGUUCCUGUCAUAGCAACUCAUUUAGGUAAAUGGGUUCGCAUUAGUCCUCAUAAUUUGAAAGACAUGCAAUUCAGACUAGUUGACUUUCAAGUGGGUGAAAAAACAGGUGAAAAAAGAGGUGAGAUCUCACCACUUCACCUAAAUUUAUUUUUGCGCUAUGUUUUCAUACGUGUGAAGUCGUUAGUGAAGUCGUUAGUGAAGUCGUUAGUGAAGUCGUUUAUGUGUCAGAUGUGA